AAAUGGAAAGUGCAGCUCAGAUGGAUAAGGAAAGAACCUCCAAGAUUGCCAGACUAGAGAAGUCUAUCCUAGCUAUGAAUAAAAAGCAAGAUUAUGAAAGAUGCUUCGAUGUUCAUGAUAAUAUUCCUGCACAACGAAUGGAUGCUAAGAAAUUUGGUCCAAACAACCAAAAUGGGAUAAAAGGCAAUGAAUUGGGUUUAGAUUUUAGUCAUAUUAAAGAUAAGAAAUUUGCACAAAAACUAAUGCUUUGAAAAUUGUUCGAUACAGAUACACUCAGAUUAUAUAACAUUAGCAUGAAGAAUAAGAAAGUUUUAGAAUUUUGAGCUCUCUCAUUUCCAGAUAAAGUUGAUAUACUUUAUAUCUCUCCUUUAUUUCAAGCAAAGCAGAAAAAUGGUUAUACUUACUUCAACUUUUUAAUCAGAAAUAGCUAUAAAGUAGUGUGAAUGGUAUUUCUUAUCUGAUUCACACUGAACAUCUCCCAACUGAAGCGAUUGGUGGCAGCUUAUAAACAUCUAAAUAUACUAGGAUUUAAUUCUUGCAAGUUAUCAAUUUCGAGUGUACCGGAUUUAUCAAAAGCAUUAAUAAAUUGCAAGCUUAAGACCCUGUCUUGAGAAAACUCAACAUUCUCUAGUAUUAAUAACUGUGCAAACAGGCUAGAUGGAUUCAAAAACCUUACACAAGUAUUGGCAGGCUCAUCAGAUUUAAGGUCAAGCCUUAAGAUAGUUUAUAUCAAAGGAUGUGGCAUAAUACGAAAGGAAGCUCAAGAAAUUUUCGAAGACAAUCAACUUGGAGAAAACUUGGAGAGUAUGAUGAAUUAG